AUGCAACAGUUCUGUUUAUUUGCUGUCGUUGUUGAUGUUGUUGUUGAUGAUGUUGUUGUUGUUUGUGUUGUAGCUAUCAUUGUUGUUGCAGUUGCUGUUGUUUGUGUUGUAGCUAUCAUUGUUGUUGCAGUUGCUGUUGUUUGUGAUGUAGCUAUCGUUGUUGAUGCUGUUGUUGUUGUUCGUGUUGUAGCUAUCGUUGUUGAUGCUGUUGUUGUUGUUCGUGUUGUAGCUAUCGUUGUUGAUGCUGUUGCUGUUGUUUGUGUUGUAGCCAUCAUUGUUGUUGCAGUUGCUGUUGUUCGUGUUGUAGCUAUCGUUGUUGCUGCUGUUGUUGUUGUUCGUGUUGUAGCUAUCGUUGUUGAUGUCGUUCGUGAUGUUGUUGUUGCAGUUGCUGUUGUUUGUGUUGUAGCUAUCAUUGUUGUUGCAGUUGCUGUUGUUUGUGUUGUAGCUAUCAUUGUUGUUGCAGUUGCUGUUGUUUGUGAUGUAGCUAUCGUUGUUGAUGCUGUUGUUGUUGUUCGUGUUGUAGCUAUCGUUGUUGAUGCUGUUGUUGUUGUUCGUGUUGUAGCUAUCGUUGUUGAUGCUGUUGCUGUUGUUUGUGGUGUAGCUAUCAUUGUUGUUGCAGUUGCUGUUGUUCGUGUUGUAGCUAUCGUUGUUGCUGCUGUUGUUGUUGUUCGUGUUGUAGCUAUCGUUGUUAAUGUCGUUCGUGAUGUUGUUGUUGCAGUUUCUGUUGUUUGUGUUGUAGCUAUCAUUGUUGUUGCAGUUGCUGUUGUUCGUGUUGUAGCUAUCGUUGUUGCUGCUGUUGUUGUUAUUCGUGUUGUAGAUAUCGUUGUUGAUGUCGUUCGUGAUGUUGUUGUUGCAGUUGUUGUUCGUGUUGUAGCUAUCGUUGUUGAUGCUGUUGCUGUUGUUUGUGUUGUAGCUAUCAUUGUUGUUGCAGUUUCUGUUGUUCGUGUUGUAGCUAUCGUUGUUGCUGCUGUUGUUGUUGUUCGUGUUGUAGCUAUCGUUGUUGAUGUCGUUCGUGAUGUUGUUGAUGCUAUUGUUGUUGUUCGUGUUGUAGCUAUCGUUGUUGAUGUCGUUCGUGAUGUUGUUGUUGCAGUUGUUGUUCGUGUUGUAGCUAUCGUUGUUGAUGCUGUUGCUGUUGUUUGUGUUGUAGCUAUCAUUGUUGUUGCAGUUGCUGUUGUUCGUGUUGUAGCUAUCGUUGUUGCUGCUGUUGUUGUUAUUCGUGUUGUAGAUAUCGUUGUUGAUGUCGUUCGUGAUGUUGUUGAUGCUGUUGUUGUUGUUCGUGUUGUAGCUAUCGUUGUUGAUGUCGUUCGUGAUGUUGUUGUUGCAGUUGCUGUUGUUAGUGUUGUAGCUAUUAUUGUUGUUGCAGUUGCUGUUGUUCGUGUUGUAGCUAUCGUUGUUGCUGCUGUUGCUGUUAUUCGUGUUGUAGCUAUCGUUGUUGCUGCUGUUGCUGUUAUUCGUGUUGUAGCUAUCGUUGUUGUUGCUGUUGCUGUUGCUAUCAUUGUUGUUGCAGUUGCUGUUGUUUGUGUUGUAGCUAUCGUUGUUGAUGCUGUUGCUGUUGUUCGUGUUGUAGCUAUCGUUGUUGCUGCUGUUGUUGUUGUUCGUGUUGUAGCUAUCGUUGUUGAUGUCGUUCCUAUCGGUGUUGAUGCUGUUGCUGUUGUUCGUGUUGUAGCUAUCGUUGUUGAUGCUAUUGCUGUUGUUCGUGUUGUAGCUAUCGUUGUUGAUGUUAUUGCUGUUGUUUGUGUUGUAGCUAUCGUUGUUGAUGCAGUUGCUGUUGUUUGUGUUGUAGCUAUCGUUGUUCGUGUAUUUUCUGACCUCAAUCCGAGGCUGUGUAACCGGAUGAUGACGUCAGCAGUUCUAAUUCACCUAUUGACCCUGGGACGUCAGAAGUAUUUCUCGUUGUCUGUGACAGUACAAUGGCGGGAUGAGUUGUGUCUCUUGUCUCUGAUGCAGGCGCUGAGUUCUGGUGACCUUAAAUGGUGA